AUGAUUCUGCCACACACAGCUGUCCGUUCCUUGCAGGCGCUUGCGCUGAACGUGCCCCGCGCAUCUCUCGAUUCCCCCGUCAAGUGCCCGGUGGUACUAGACGGGCGAAUCCCGCAGAACUUCACCUUGGAGGUUUUUGACACCAAUGCCAGCCCAUUCAAUCCGGGAUUCACCAAGGGCCCCGCGCCAUGGUCUGAGAUACUCUUGUUCCCAACAGUGCCGAAGCCCUCGCGAUUCGACGUCUCCAAUGCGACUGGCGACUUCAAGCCCCUCGAAGUCACCAUCAAUGACCAGUCCAUCUUCAAUCCAAGCGGUAACAGCCCGCUGCUAGGCUUCCGCCGCGCCGGACUGCUGCUUGGCAACGGCUCCGAUGCCUCGAACCAGGGUGUCAUGACGACGCACUGGAGCUUCAUGCAAGACUCGACCCGAAAGCUGAACCUGACGCACGAGUACCUAACGUCCUUCCACGAGACGAACGACUCGGGUGGUGCGCACACAGCAGGCGGGCCGUCUUCAACCGACUGGAAGAUGCUGGACAGGAACAACAGCGUUAUCUUUUCGACUGCCCUCAAGUUCGAUAUCUGGCAAAACUGGGCGGUCACCCUCGAUGUCUCCAAGAACACAAUCCAAGUUUUCUUCUCGGAAGGAAACGAUCCACUUAAGUCUGUCACCGAGGUCCUCCCGAAUAACAACGCAGGCGGCGGCGCGUUGCAGAUCGGUUUGCUCAAAAAGCCCACCGAGACCAAGACAGUUGUGAACGAUGGGUUCCAGGAGAGCAAUCUCAACGAGGGACAGAUACUGGGUGGCAUCUUUGUUGAAAACAGCGCGAAUGGGUGCGUGUCUCUCUGAGCCUUUACAGGGGGACAAUUUCGGGCGCCAAGUCUGUAAAAAGAUGGUGGGAGAGCGUUGGGGGCGAACGCUCUGGGAUUGGAUUCGGACUGUGGGCAUCCAGAACCUGGCCUCGUCCCACAAGGUGUGUUAUUAUUGCUUUUUCCAGGUGGUCCAAACGGCUCUGCAGACCACGAAUGAACCCCCUUUCAUUCUCUUCGGCUCUCGGCAUAUGGGAAUAACGCUAUGGGGCGCAAAUAAAAGCAAAAUACUCGUUAAAAUGCUGCCCACGCCACGCUUCAUGUAGAGCUUGGCGGUGCUUAGAUGAAGAACGACGGCCAG